ACGAAGUAGAUCGCAAGUAACAACGAUCGAAGGAUAUUUACUUAAACUACUAUUUGUUACAUAAGGAUUAAAACAAAAACAAUAAACAAAUACACAAACAUGAGAGUAACGUUGCAGAGGGCCCUUUUGGCCUCGGUUUUAAUGGCCGUUGCCAUGUGCAGCACAACAAAGGCUGAAGAUGCCUCAGCAUGGUCAGGCAGCUGGUCCAUGCCUGACGUUAAGGAUUCUAUGCUAACCCGCCGCUCAGCUGAGGCUGAAGUCAAACCUGAAGAGCAAGGACAAGGCCGCAACUAUGAUGUCCAUGAGCCCAUCUAUAGCAAUGACACCGAAGUCAAUCAGCUGAUCGACCAAAUUCUUAGCUCCCGUCGUGAGGGUAGAAUUUUGAAUGAUUUUGAUCAGGUUUAUGCUGAUGGCAAUGUUGAUCAGGCUUUGAUGCAAGGCAAUGAUAUGCAGGCCCGCAACUUGGUGCGUGAUAAGCUGUGUCAAUUGGGUCUUAUGAGCUGUGAGGCCGAGGGCAAGCGCCAAUACUAUUCCUCCAUCUACGCUCAAGGUCCCCCGCCCAAUAAAUAUGGUGGUGGUCCCUAUGGUCCUGCCAAACCCAUGCCUCCUCCUGGAUUCUACAAUGGCCGCCCCCCCAUGGGUCCUCCUCCUCCUUCGUCCAUCAAUUCAUUUGGUCCACCACGCAAAGUAGGCUAUGAAUCUUCUUACAAGCCUGCUGGAUACAGACCCACUGGCCCUGUGGGCUCCUAUAAUGGGCCCUAUUUGGAAACUCCUCCUCCCUCGGCCAUUGAUGGUUCUGGCAUGACCACAUUCAAUAAGCCACCACCUGGAGCUAUUAUCUAUGGCAGCAAACCCCCAGGUCCAGUCUAUACUGGUGGCUCCAGCAAUGUUCCUCCUCCCUAUGCUUUUGAGAAUCCUGAAAAAAUCCAUGCUGCUGGCUCACAACAAACCAACUUCUAUAGCCAUCAAUCCGCUUCUGCCUCUGCCUCUCAGUCAUCAAGCACCAAAGUGGUCGUAGCGGGUGCCCCAGUAGCAAAUGCUGGUUUGCAACAACAUGUCCAUCAUCACUUCCAUCAUGUGGAUGGAGCAGAUUCGGCUAAAGUUCCCAGUGUGCCGGUGCCCUUGGGAACUGGUCAAACCAUCAACACUGACUUCUCGGCUUUGGCACAAUCCUCGACAGCCUUUACACCCCAGGGAUCUCAAGGACUGUAUGCCCAAGGACAAGGAUCUUAUAGUGCCGGUUUCAAUGCUGCAUCCCAAGGAGGUUUAAUUUCACAAGGAUCCAAUGGCUUCAAGCCCAAUGUAGGAGGAGAUUUGUACAAGCCUGCCGUUGGUGGUUUAAGCUCUUAUGGCAAUGGUGGUUCCUCCGCAACUUAUGGCUCUUCCGGUUUUGGUUCGGCCUCAAACUUUGGUUCUGCUUCAAAUUAUGGCUCUGCUUCCAGCUUUGGCUCCUCCGGUACUGCAGGCCCCAGCUAUCACAGCCAAAAUCCCGAUUACUACAAAAAGGAAUUGCACAAUAUUGGCGGCAUCCAAGCAUCCUCUUCCAGCAAUUUCAACAGCUUGACCUCAGGUUAUGGCAAUGAACAAUCUUUGUAUGGCGGUGGCUAUGAUACUUCGCGCAAUCAAUUUGUCGACUGCCAAUGUGUACCCUUCAACCAAUGCCCCGCUGCCGAUCGUAUUGGACGCAAAGAGGAUUUGAUUUUGCCCAUUGACCCUCGUAACUUGGGUAAGGACAUUGAAGCCUUGAGUGAUGAGGCUGCUGCCAACAUAACCAUCAAUGCCAAUCCUGAGAAGAAGGAGGAGCAAACAUCCGCUGACUUGAAGGACGAUGAUAAGGCAACACGCAGCAAACGUGAGGCAGCCAAGGCUGAGGAUAAACAGGAUGAUGAUGGUGCCGCCGACUUGCCUUUGGAUGCUGAAGGGCGAAUUUUCGACAGCCCCACCGCAAUACAUGCCAUUGAAUUGGUGAAACGCAAAGUCUUGCCCACCUUUGGAGUAUCAUUUGGUCUCCCCUAUCCCAAUUACCCUGGGGGCUAUCCACCCAAUAUUUUGGGUGAUCAUUAUCCUGCCCAAAAUCCGUAUUUCGGCGCAAUUGGACCCAAUGGUCUAAAUCUGGGCUUGAUCAAUGUCAACCCCUUGGCUUCGGUGCAAGUACAGAAAACCGAGUUUGGCGACAAAGUGAUUAAGCCUUUGGUUAAUCUUCAUGUUACUCCCAAUGCGCAUAUUUUCGAAAAAUUCGGUAGUCUCUUUAAGGGUCAGGAGACUGUGGUGGAAAAUCAUCACUAUCAUCAUCAUGAUCACUAUACAGGUUUUGAACACCAUGGCCACCAUGAACAUCAUCCCGUCAUAGUUAGCAGUCCGGGGCCUGUACAUCAUUAUUCCUCUCCCCCCACGGGAGGGGGAGAGCAUUUUCACCACUUGGAGGACAUAGUGACAGCACCAGGGCCUAUACAUCAUUACCCAUCACCGCCAACGGGUCACAAGCAUUACGAAGUGGAAAUGUAUCCCAGCAAACCUAUCUUUGAGUACCAUAGUGGUGCUCAGGUGGUACCACCAAUUGAACAUCCUGUACCAAGUCCUUUGGAUCAUAAUCAUCUGGAUGAGCAUAGUGAUCAGCAUUAUGAGGAACAUCAUGCUAGCCAUGAGUCUUUUGCCAGUCACUCAUUGUCGUCUUCAUAUCCUGAAGUCUCAAACUUGGAGAGUCUUACCAACUCAUAUCCACCCAGUGGCGGAAGUCACUCUGCUGCGUAUCCUCCUAGCGGCGGAAGUCACUCUACCUCAUAUCCACCCAGUGGCGGUGCAGGUGCUGGUUUUGGCAGUAACUCAUAUGCAACUAGCGGCGGAAGUACUUUUGGAAGUCACUCUUCCUCUUAUCCCCCAAGUGGAGGUGCUACAGCCAUUCCCUCAUAUCCGCCCAGUGGUUCUGGCUCUGGCUUUGGUGCGCCUAAUCCCCCUUACCCUACAGUUAACCAAUUCCAGGGUUAUGCUACUGGUUAUGGUGCCACAGCAGCAGGGGGCAUUGGCAACAUCUAUGAUCGUAGCUACAGUGGCAAUCAAACGCUGAUCUUUACGGACUCUCAUCGUAAUCGCAAAGGCAAAACCUUACAAUACCUGCAAAAUACCCAUAACAUACCCACACAAGCUCCGGGAGCUGCAGAGGGAAGCGCUUAUGUCUCAUUUCCCAGGGAUCGUAAAAGGCGCAGCGUAGAGUAUCACGAGCCUAAUGCUGAAGAGCAUGGUAGUGUUAUAGCAGAAACGGUAAAACUGGAACAGCGCGCUUACUAUGGUAACCGUCCCGUUGAGAAGACCUGCCGUGUUAAUGAAGUUUGCUGCCGUCGCCCCCUGCGUCCUCCCCAACCACCACCACAACAAUUUGGUCGUUGUGGCGUACGCAAUGCUGCCGGUAUCACAGGACGCAUUAAGAAUCCAGUUUAUGUCGAUGGCGACAGUGAAUUCGGUGAAUACCCCUGGCAUGUGGCCAUUUUGAAGAAGGAUCCCAAAGAGUCCAUUUAUGCCUGUGGUGCUACACUUAUAGAUGCUCAACAUGUUAUUACAGCAGCUCAUUGCAUUAAAGCGCAAAAUGGCUUCGAUUUAAGAGCUCGCUUGGGUGAAUGGGAUGUCAAUCAUGAUGUGGAAUUCUUCCCCUACAUCGAACGUGAUGUUGUCUCCGUGCACAUACAUCCCGAGUACUAUGCCGGCACCUUGGACAAUGACUUGGCUGUCUUGAAAUUGGACCAUCCCGUUGACUUCACCAAGAAUCCCCACAUUAGCCCCGCCUGCUUGCCUGAUAAAUUCUCUGACUUCACUGGCGCCCGUUGCUGGACCACGGGCUGGGGCAAAGACGCCUUCGGUGAACAUGGCAAAUACCAAAACAUUCUCAAGGAGGUCGAUGUGCCCAUUUUGUCCCAUCACCAGUGUGAAAGCCAAUUGCGUCAAACUCGCCUUGGCUAUGGCUACAAAUUGAAUCCUGGCUUCUUGUGUGCCGGCGGUGAGGAGGGCAAGGAUGCCUGCAAAGGUGAUGGCGGUGGCCCCUUGGUUUGCGAACGUCAAGGUGCUUGGCAUGUGGCCGGUGUGGUUUCCUGGGGUAUUGGCUGUGGUCAGGUGAAUGUUCCUGGCGUCUAUGUUAAGGUUUCCCACUACUUGGACUGGAUCCGUCAAAUCACCCAGUACUACAAAUGAUCACGGCUCACCUCCCCCAAAUCCCAUCGAAGGUGUUGUCACUCACGUGACAUAUUCGAAUUUCAUUUUUAAAUCGCCAUGUAAUACGACUUUUGUAAUAUGAGCUAAUUAAUUUAUUUUGUUAGUGUUGUAAGCGUAAUCGUGCUCUAAGCUUUAUGUAUUUAUUGUUUAUUGUUUUCUAUACUGCUUGUUUUUUUGUUUUUAUGUUAAAUUUCCCAACUGAGAUUGUUGCGUGAAAACGCCCGUAAGAAGUUAAUCACGAAACAUUCCUAAAUUAUUUUUUAAUGAUAU